AGGCCUGCAGGGCUGGUGUGUUCAGGAAGCUGUUUGAAGAUCAGAGCAGAGCCCUGUCCACAGCAAACUAAAAUGAUGGCUAUGUGGACAUGAGCAGCUUCAACACCUUUAAGAACAAUCAGCAGAGCACAGACCAGGACGCAGAAAGACAGAGUCUUGCCCUGUUGCCCAGGCUGGAGUAUAGUAGUGCAGUGGUGUGAUCAUAGCUCACUGUAACUUCAACCACCUGUGCUCAAACAAUCCUUCUUCCUCUGCCUCCCAAGUAGCUGGGACUACAGAGCAGGACCCAGGAUGCAAGACCCUAGGCAUCCCCAAGGCCUUCCACUGUCCCCAGGCCUUCCAAAGAGACAGCGGCAGGACCGCACAAUCUACAACUGGAAACAGCAGGAAGUGCUAGAAAAUCACUUUAAGGAAGAACAGUACCCAGACUAUGACACACGACAAGAGCUGGCGGAGAUGCUCAAUCUCAGGGAGUAACAAGUGCAGGUGUGGUUCAAGAAUCGCCGGGCCAAACGCUCUCGGGAGCGGUGGUUCCAGAAGCAGCUCCAGCAGCUCCAGAAGCAUCCUCAGCAGCAGCAUUCUCAGCAGCAGCAUCCCCAGCAGCAGCUCCAGCAGCAGCAGCCCCAGCAGCAGCUCCAGCAGCAGCAGCCCCAGCAGCAGCCCCAGCAGCAGCUCCAGCAGCAGCAGCCCCAGCAGCAGCCGCAGCAGCAGCAGCCCCAGCAGCAGCUCCAGCAGCAGCCCCAGUAGCAGCUCUAGCAGCAGCAGCAGCAGCCCCAGCAGCAGCAACUCCAGUAGCAGCUCCAGCAGCAGCAGCCCCAGCAGUAGCAGCUCCAGCAGCAGCAGUCCCAGCAGCAGCAGUCCCAGCAGCAGCAGCCCCAGUAGCAGCAACAGCAGCCCCAGUAGCAGCAGCAGCAGCCCCAGCCCCAGUAGCAGCAGCCCCAGCAGCAGCAGCUCCAGCACCAGCAGUCCCAGCAGCAGCAGUCCCAGCAGCAGCAGCCCCAGCAGCAGCUGCCCCAGUGCAGCCCUGGGCAGGAGGCCACAGAGCCCACAGAGCUCGCACUGUGCCCCCUUUCCCUGAAGCUGCGGCCUCUGCCCCCCAUCAGCCUGGCCUCUUGGGAGUUCUCCCACAGGGAGAGGCCCCAUGGGUAUUCUCCCACAAUCUGCAGCCUCCACCAGGCCUUGAGUAGCUUUGGGUGCAGAGCCAGGAGGGCGUUUGGCUGUCCUGGGUCUAGCCCCUGGCCCAAUCCCAGCCCCAUUCCAGGCCCACUCAAAAGCCAAGGCCCAAUCCCAGGUCCAGGCUCAAUCCUAGGCCCUGGCCUGAUUCCAAGCCAGGCUUACUCCCAGGCCCAGGCUUAGUCCUAGCCCCAAUCCCAGGUCCUGGCCCAAUCCCAAACUUAGGAUCCCUCCCAGCCCCAGCCCUAGUCCUCUUGUGACCUCAGAGCACUUAUGCCUCCAAUUUCUUGCCAGAUAGUCAUUCCCUGACUUCACAGAGCUCCUCCCACCCCUAGACCAGUUCGAGGAAUCCUUGGUCUCCACCACGACAUCUCAGUACCAAGAGGGGGAUGGCUCUAUGGACAAAAAGACUCGGGCCCCAAGUGAUUAAUGGAUUUAUAGGGGGCCUGUGUCUGCAAAGUCCUGUGGAUACCAGUGGACCUGGAGUGGCUGGUUGGUCUACACUGCUGGUGAAUGCACCACCACCAUUUAACCACCCUGCUGCUGGUGGGCAUUUGCUGUCUUCACUGUGUGGCCAUCACGACUAGCUCUGCUAUGAAUGCACCUGCCCUCAUUUGAGUUGAGCCUGAGCAUUUCGCAGCUGGGAUUGGAGUCGCUGCUCAUGGGGAUGUUUGGCAUUAGUGGAUGCUACUUGAGAGCUUUGUAAAGAGCUUUACCCAGCACUUCUGAUAGUCAGCAUUCUCCCUGACACUUAGGAUUGUGAGACUUUUUAAUGUUUGUGGAUCCAAUGGCUUAUGGCUUCCCUGAUGACUGAGAGGUUGAGAAGUUCUCACAUGUUAAUUGAACCUUAGAAAUCCUCAUAAUGUGUCCAUUUGUUUGCCCAUUUUUCUUCAUUUAUUUGAAUGUAUUUUUAUAUUCUCUUGAUAAUUAAAGUGCUGCAAACACCCCCC